CUGCGUUGCAGCAGUGAUCAUUCUGAAGACAGCGGUAAGAUUCGAAUCGUGCCCGCGUGAGGGAGGUUGAAGAACAGAACAUUAGCUAUUUCGGAAACACUCAGUCAACUACCGAGUUGAUAACUUUAGCAAUAUGAGUCAUUGUGAGCUUGAGGAUAUAACCCUGCACUUGAAUGACAGGAUUUCAUCCACAAGACGUGUCUUAGAGCUGCGGACAAUUGCAAAAGAUCAAGAUAAGCGGGUCAUUCUAGGGAAGAUAGGACAAGAUAUCCUUGCAAUAGAUGGACUCCUUGACCAGUUUGAGAAAAGUGUUGCCCGCCAAAAAGACCUACUGAAGCAUUUAAAGGAACUAGAGGGAUUCUUUGAGGAGGAUGUGCAGGAUGGAAAGAACCUUAGGGACAACAUGCCCACACACAUGCCCAGGAAGGGACAGCCAGCAGUCCAUGGAAUAGGGUCUGCGGGUCAGAGUGGACCUGUGAAUGUGCAGGCAGUCCAGCAGGUUCACACCAGGAAAACCUCCAAAAACCAGAUCAGAGAGAUGGAAUUCAUCACCAGCCCAGAGUUUGAUACCAUCCCUCAGUACAUGAAAGGCCGUUUGACAUAUGAACAGCUAAACACUGCUGUGGAAAGCAUUAACACAGCCAUAACAGGGAAGUACAAGAUCUUGAACCAGCCAGCAAAAACCCUUAAUAAUGCCACACGCAAGCUUCAUCAACGAUAUAAGGAGGAAGAGAACAAGGACACAAAAGGUCUGUUUUUCAUUGUAGAGGCUGAUAUUAAAGAGUUCACUCAGAUGAAGGUGGACAAGCGCUUCCAGAGCAUCCUCAGCAUGCUGCGUCACUGCCAGCGUCUGCGAGAACAGCGAGGGGGAGGUAUCACACGCUACGUCCUGCUGUGAAAGGAGCAGAGAUGGAGAAAGGGGGGUUGUCACUGAGCAUGAUCUGAAUAUAUUGAGUUGUCCUCUGUCUCUAGCAUGAUCGGCUACAACAUCUGUCAUAUUGACCUAGGGAGGGGUGAAAAUACAACAAAUAAUUAUAUUGAGAAUAGUGGUUGUGGCUCAAAACGUAUAUGUACCUAGUGAAGAAUAAUGGUUUGGGGGUGGGUGGAGGUUAGUAUUUGAACGUAGUUUCAUUCAUGCAACUUAUUUUUAAAUUCAAAGCGUGUAUUAGCUCAUUUGAAUCGUAUCAUCAAUGUGAUGAUCAAUGUGACUUUGUCCAUAACAACCAUGUUUUAUAUAGGUAGAAAGGCAAUAAAUAUAUAUUUUUUAAAUAAUAGUUAAACAAAUCUUUUGGAUCAGUUAUUAUAUUAAUGUCAAUUGUGUGCAAUGUGUAAGAAUCUCUUUCCAGGUACCACUUGAUGCACAUAAUAAGUUGUAUCUUAUUCUUCCCUACAAGGAUGUGCAUUUGUUUUUAUAAGGGCACUGUGUGUUUGAUUUGAUGUUUGAUCCUUUUGGUUACUAAUUUUAGCUGUAUAAGUUAACAUUUCACCAGUUUCAGUUAGGCAUCUUUAUUUUGGAUGUCACAUUUGCCCUCGUUCAAGACAUUACGUUGAACUAGGGACUAGCUACAUACAUGUCACAUGCCUAGACAGUGUCAUGUGUAAAGUUUGGUGGAGGAGGAAUAAUGGUCUGGGGCUGUUUUUCAUGGCUUGGGCUAGGCCCCUUUAUUCCAGUGAAGGAAAACCUUAACUCUAUAGCAUACAAUGACAAUCUUCCAACUUUGUGGCAAUAUUUUGGGCAAGGCCCUUUCCUGUUUCAGCAUGACAAUGCCCCUGUGCACAAAGCGAGGUCCAAAUGGUUUGUUGAGAUCCACGUGGAAGAACCUGACUGGCCUGCACAGAACACCUGAUCUCAACCCCUUCGAACGCCUUUGGGAUGAAUUGUGAAGCCAACCUCGAGCAAGGUCUAAUCGCCCAACGUCAGUGCCCGACCUCACUACUGCUCUUGUGGCUGAAUGGAAGCAAGUCCCGGCAGCAAUGUUCCAACAUCUAGUGGAAAGCCUUCCCGUAAGAGUGGAGGCUGUUAUAGCAGCAAAGGGGGGGACCAACUCCAUAUUAAUGACCAUGAUUUUGGAAUGAGAUGUUCGACAAGCAGGUGUACACAUACUUUUGUGUAUCUGUCCUGACCUCAAUUCUGUGAGUACUGUAAAUCCACAUCAAAAGUAUUAAAAUGUCAAGAGUAGACCACGUCAGUAUUAACAGAUAAAUGUGGCUUUGCAAAACAAGUGCAGUUAUUGUUACCUUAUUGUUUUGGAAAUGAGUGUAAUGGCUCUGAAUAACUUUUUGUCUCAAUAAACUUAACAA